CGAACGAAAUCCCUUACACGAAAUACUAUAGGUUAGAAUGUUUCGUAAGAUUUGUACAAAGGGUAAAAAAAAGGAAGGAAUUAUCGAUUGCUAAGACGUCAUCUUACAAAUUCGAGAAAAUAAUGUCAAUCGUUUAUGAAUACAAAGUUAAUUACGAACUUGUGCGUGAAAAAUGUGAAACUAUGAAAGAAAAGAUAAUCUUGAAUCUUAUCGGUUUCCAGUUCCGAUAACGAGAACGAUAAACAUCUCCAAAUGUUUCGGGUUAUCGGAGAAUUUAACAUCGAAAUUCCAUUGUCACUGCGUCAUAUUCGUGUGAACGAAAAUUUCAAGUCGAAGAGAAUUUAAAAUAUGAUAACCUCAUUCUUUCGAGAUUUAACAUGACGUGGAACCCGCUUAAAAAAAAUCAUUUGACAUUAAGACCAAGUCCAGCGCAACCUCUACUUUCUCACGCUGAGGAUAGAGAACUGGAUGUUGCAGUACAGAGACUGAUCUAUGUUGAAGAUACAAUAAGAAAGUUAACAAAAGAAAUGAAAAAGUAUCUCCAAGCUGUAGUUAAUUUGGAUCGAGCUGAUCAACGUUUGAGCAUGAAUUUAACUACUUGCGGUCUUACUCAUAUUAGCGAUGAGUUUAGGAGAAUCGUCGAAGAGUAUCAUUCGAUUACUACACAGGUCGGUAAAACCGUACAAGAAAUGGCUGCAUUGUGUCACAAAACUUUCAUAGAUCCCUUAAAAAAGUUGCGAGAUGAAUUCGCAUUGAUCGCUGCAGCGAUAGCUAAGAGAGAGGAGUUGGUAACCGCUUGGAAAUAUUCUUACAAUCGCGUUAAAAAGUUGCAAGAAAAGAAAGACAGAACAGCAAGUCAUAUUGCCAAAUUGGAGAGAGAACGUAGAAUGGAGGAAGCAGCUGCUAAGGAAUUGAAAACAUUACAUGCUCAAUUACUUAUAGAUUUACCAAUGUUUCUUGACAAAAGACUGGAAUAUAUCAAACCGAGCAUACAUGCUCUGAUAAUGAUACAAUUAGAUUAUUACGGUAACACAACAGGACUUUUUACGCAAUUGAUGCCUAUACAUAAUCCUUCUGAAUCUCCUAGCGGUGCGAUACCAGAAGAAGAAUAUCAGCAAUCGAUUAAUAGUCAAAUUAAUAGAAUAAGAGGAUUAACAAUCGUGAAAGAUCAUUAAUGUCAAGGAUUUUUUUUUUUUCUUUUUUUAAUACCAAAAGAAAUAACUUUUUAAUUAUUCCAUCGUGCAAAGAUAUAUAAAAAUGCUAGCAGUAUAAAAGACUAGGAUAUAAUAAUCAUACAAAAUGUAUUUUUAACAAUUCCAUUAUCUUUAUCCAUAAAAUUAUUCUUAAGGCUUUGGGGAGGGAUGAUGAUGAUGCCUAUAAGCAUUUUUCGUAAACUAUAUUACAACCAAAUAAAUUUUUCUCUCGCUAAGGUUUACAACAUACAUAAUAAGUUGUAMGGAAUUGUAUCUUAAAAAGUAAAUCAUUUAGUUAAAUAAUUGUACGAAAGUUAGCGCUAAAACGUUUUUGGCAGUAUUUACAUUGUGGAAAUAUAUGGAUAUUUGUUUUUUUUUUUUAUCGGCAGAAAAUAUUCCGAUAAAUAUUUCACGAAUGUAUCAUUCCGUGUCUUUGUUUCCAUUGAGCACCUGCACGACGAUUGUGAUUAGCCCGUGUAGCUUUAUGCGCAUUUUUCUUAUCUCUGUUAAUAGUAACUUCUUUAUCUUGCCCUUGGCCCUUAGGUUUACCUAGAAUAUAUAAGUAGUGUAAACCUUAGUAAUAUAUAAUAUUAAUAUCGUAAUUUGAUUUUAGAACAAAUAUUUUGAUUAGCGUAUAAUAAAAAAAAAUUAAAUAUUACAAAAAAAUCUAAAUGGAUAUUGUAUUAUGUAUUAUUAGAUAUAAUAUUAGAUAUAGAAAAUAUUUCUAAUUCUUACCGACAACAUCGUUUGAAGGUCUCUUGCCUCGUCCAGCCUGUCUUCGCUGUUCAGCCUUAGCACGCAACUCUGCUGGAUUUUGUACAAAAUUAUCUUUAUUGUUAACUCCGUUAGAAUUAUUCUCAUUUUCACUGUCAGAUUCAUUCUCAUCUUCUGAUUCUGUUAUAUUUUUCUCUUUCGCUAACAGCACCUGUCGUCAUUAAACCAUUAUUUAAAAAUAUGACAAAUCUGUAUCUUAAAUACAUGUAAUAUUCGAAAUAUAACAAAAUUAUUAUAC